AUGGGACUCGAUUUUGGCUCGACAAGACUCUUCAAUUGGUGCGCAUUCCCGUCGUACAUUUCCCUUGUCGCGGCGGCAUGCAUGGUCUUGUACGGCUACGAUGCGUCCGUCUACAACUCUGUCCAAGGCUCCAAGAACUGGGUCGCCUAUUUCAACGACCCGGACCCUAACACGAUCGGAGCGGUAAAUACGGCCUACACAGUCGGUGCCAUCUUUGGAGGCUUCUUUCUCGGCGGCCCCGUGGCCGACUACCUGGGGCGAAAGGUCGGCAUGGCCACGGGGUGCGUCUUGGUGAUUGGUGCCACCUUCAUGCAGACCUUCUCUCCGCGACACAACAUCGCGUGUUUCUUGGCUGGCCGCUGCAUCAUCGGUAUUGGCCAGGGGAUUGCCUUGACUGCGGGUCCCAUCUACAUCGGUGAGCUGGCGCCGCCCGAAAUUCGCGGCAAGAUCAUGACAUUUUGGCAAACAUUCUAUUCGGUCGGAUCCUUCAUCUGCUUCUGGGUCAACUACGGUUGUACACAGCAUAAGCAAAACUUGGGUGAAUGGGACUGGAAGAUGGUGGUCAUAUUCCAGCUCCUUGUCCCCGUCAUCAUUCUGUGCCUUCUCCCGACAAUUCCUGGGUCACCGCGGUGGUUCAUUCAACGAGGCAACAAUAUCGAGAAGGCGCGGAAUGCACUCCUGAAAGUCAGAGCAACGCCCGAGGAGGUCGAGGAGGAGCUGCUGAGGAUCCGGGAAGCAAUCGACUACGAGAAGGAAGCUAUCUCGGGCAGCUACUCGGCACUCUGGAAAGACCCAUCCCUCCGAAAGCGUCUCCUGCUCUGCUCGAUCCUCAAUGCCGGUCAGCAGCUGACGGGCCAGGGCACGCUCAACACCUACUCGACCAAGAUCUACCAAAAGGUCUUCACCAGCUCGGGCCAGAUCGCGCUCAUCAAUGCUCUCAACGCCACGUUUGGCAUCAUCUUCACUCUCAACGCUAUCUGGAUCAUCGAUCGUUUUGGGCGCAAAUAUCUGCUCAUGGCCGGCGGUGUCGGCAUGGGCGUCUGCAUGGUCAUCGUCGCUGCCGUCGAGACGGAAACGCCAUCCCCUGGCGGCGCCAAGACAACAUCUGUCGGCAUCUCAAUCGUCUUCCUGCUGUUCUUGUUCAUCUUCUUCUACAAACCAUCGUGGGGCGCGACCGUCUGGAUCUUCACCAGCGAGAUCUGGAGUAUGAACAUCCGAGGCCAGGCUGUGGGCAUGUGCUCGCAGGUGCAGAACGUCGCCAACGCCAUCUUCCAGCAGUUCUUCCCCAUAUUUCUCAACAACUGCGGCUUCUACGCAUUCUACAUGUUUGCGGGCAUCAAUUUGCUGCUGGCCGCGUUUGUCUACUUCUUCAUACCCGAGACCAAGCAGGUUCCGCUGGAGGAAAUCGACGCCCUGUUUGGCGGCGCCAACCAUGCGGCGCGGGGAGAAGAGAUGAUGAUGGAAGGCAAGCGUGCGCAGGCGACCGGGACGGAGGCGGUCGAGAAUGUCCAGAAUGACACCGCCCAACGGGUGUACAGCCGUUGA